GGGUGCGCCGACUCGGGAACAGCCCCGAGGCGAGGUGGGCAGGGCGCGCGCGGUAGGCGCCGGCCCCGGGACCCCCGCAGCCGCUGCCCCGCGCAUCGGAGCUGGACGCGCCCCCGACCCCAUGGAGGACGGCCCGCUGGAGCUCAUGACCAAGGACAGCGGCGACGUGCCGGCGCCCCUGGAGGUGUCCAGCGUGCCGGCCGUGGGCGACGUGCUCUCGGGCGAGUACAACGGCGGCAUGAAGGAGCUGAUGGAGCACCUGAAGGCGCAGCUGCAGGCCCUGUUCGAGGACGUGCGGGCCAUGCGGGGCGCCCUGGACGAGCAGGCCUCGCACAUCCAGGUGCUCUCGGACGACGUGUGCGCGAACCAGCGAGCCAUCGUGUCCAUGUGCCGGAUCAUGACCACGGCACCACGCCAAGGCGGCCAGGGGCGUUGCGCUGGCAACCCCCGGGAACCACAGUGCCCUGCGCCGGAGGCAGUCGCCAGCGAGGACCCGGAGGACCGGGACGCCGAGGAGAAGGAGCGGCCCCGCUCCGCCGCUCCCACCGGCUGCCGGGAGCGCCCCGAGAGCUCCGGCGCAGGCAGCAAGGCUGCGCUGCCGCUGGAGCCCCGGGACCCGCCCGACGCCCUGCUGCGGCUCGGGGGUGAGGCCGGGCUGUGAGGCCCCGGGGGCGCCCCGGCCGUAGUGGGUCGGACACCGUCCUCCGACGGCUGCUCACGGGCAGGGCCGAGAGACGCCUUGGCGGCUGGGGUCUACAGGGCGCUGGCUCGUGGGAGCUCUGACAGCGGCUCUCGCUACCCGCCGCGAGACCCUGCGGGGCUGUGCAAAGGUGAGCUUCCGCGAGAGGACGGCCGGAGGACCCCUGGCUUGUGUACAUAGAACCCUGCCUUUUCUAUUCCGAACAAGGACUCCUCUGGGACUACAGCCGACCGUCUCCAACCAUUUACAUAGAAAUUAAGGAGGUCCGGGGGUUUGGGUGAGUGGAUGGGGGGCGGGGGGCAGAUUCUGUUCUGGCAAUAGGAAGGUGCCCCUGUGCUGAAUCCCAGACACUGUGUGUUCUGCAGAAGUCGCCACCCCACCCCAGCUCCCCGAGUCUGCGCUGUGAUUGGUAAAGUGGAAAGGGGUUCCCAGGGUGCGCCUGGAGAAGCUGGCCACGAAUAUGCAUGAAGACACAAUAAUAGGUCAGCUUCUGGAUUGUGCACGGGAUCGCUUUUCCUCUCUCUGGGG